CCUCUGCAGGGAGUAAGGUAAGCUAACCGCGAGCGAAGGAAAAAGGAAAGCUCAUUACCGGGUGCGGCGAUGCACUUUAGCCAACUACCUAAAAGUGCGUAAGUUAUUGUAUUGCUUUUAACCGUCAUUCACUAGAGAAGAGGAAACACAUCCGAGAGAAACAAGGACUACGAGUUAAAAACAGCGAAGUCCCCGGCAAUCAACAGGAACUACUGAGCUGACCGUUUGAAAAGGCUUUGAAUAUACAAAAAGGAGGAAGGAAAAUGACCUAGUUAGCGGCAAGCGUGACGGACAACCUGGUGCAAAUGUGUUUGUUGUAAUUUCCCCCGUUUCACCCACAAGGAAGACACAUGCAUCAGCGCACAUACACGUACAACACAUUUACAAACCCCGCCCUUCCCUUCCUGCCAUCCGCCCCAGUCCUCCAUGGAAUCCUUCAACUUCCACUUUGAGAGAAUGAGCAACUUGGACCUGCAUCCUCUGAGCCUGUCCGUCAGCCGGCUCUCCCCAGCCAAGUCCAACAGCAGCAUCGCCGACCAACUUUCCCACCACCAACACGGCAAAGGAGACUCUGCCUACAGCUCCUUCUCUGGUGGGUCCACUGCCCCAGACUACCCCUCUCCAUUUCUCCCAGACGACCUACAGUCCAGCUCCUUCAGCCACUAUGCUGAUCUUAAGUACGUGAAGUCUAUUUACCAUCCGACCCAGGUUGUGCAAUCUGACUCCAAGACCAUGGACCAGCUCUAUCGCUCUGUGGAAGCUAUCUCACAGCAGUUUCACAACAAUACCAGCACCAAUGUAAACCACCACAACGAGAGUUUCCAUACAAACAAUAAAGCACUCUCUAAAAAAGUGGUGCAUUUGGGGUCACUAUCCCAAGGUGCUUACCCUCCUGUCCGUCCUCCUCCAAUCCCAGCACGCCUGGAUAGUUUCAUAGCAACAAAAAACUUGGAAAACAGCAGGGUCCACCAUCAAGGUACUGAGUUUCAACCCCAGCAGCCACAGCCUCAACAGCAACCCAGACCCCACAAUCGACUCCAUUCACAGCCCCAUGAUCUGAAUGCCCCAAAACCUGAAAUGGCUAUCCCAGAUACAGGUGAAUCAAGCUUCAAUUCUGACCCAGUCUACUCAGUUUGGAGGGGCUCUCAACAACAGCCACAGGCCCAGCAGCUGCCAAGCUACCGCCCCCACCUCCAGCCCAACAAUCAGACAAAGGUGGCGUUAAACCCGGAAUAUCUUUUCAUCACAGAUAGCAAGGCUGCCUCUGAGCAGCAGAAAUCAAUGAACAUCCUAAGUCGAUCACCUCCCCUAGGAACGAGUCAACCUGAGCACCUGAAACCCAGAGAGCCUUCGAGCAGUGGUGGAUACAAUGAAGACCAUCACAACAAGCCAAGUGGAAGCAGUAGCCAUUUUGAGAGUCAGCGCCAAAGGGCGCACUCGGCCCAUGGUUGGCUUGGUUCAGAGCCGAGCCGAGCUGCCAGCCCCUGGAAUGCUGGUCAGAGUUUUAUCAAUAGCAGCAUCCAGCAUAAGGGGCAGUUCUACUUUGUGACGGGAGUGUGUAAGCUGUCUGAAUCUGGUAUGAGGACACACUCUGCAUCUGUGUCUGGGUUUGAGGCUAGGAGUGAGAGCUCCACUGGGUUGGAGACACACCGACUAAGAGAAAAAGAAAGAUGUCACAGCACAAUGGAUAAUUUGUUUAGACCUCUCCAAGAGAGCUCUCAAUCUUCCAGUGGUGUGAUUCCAGAUGAGAGAGAGACUUUCACUUCCCAGAGCAAAGACCUGUCCUCCAGAAGCCAGGAUCAGGAGAAUCACAGACUAUCCCUCAUAUCGACGCAGUCCUCUCUAAACUUUGACAGUUUAGAAGAAAUCAACAUGAUGCAGAGUCGAGAUAUUGGCCGCCACACUGCCAACAACCCUAUAUUCUACUGUGGACCCGACAGAAACUGCCCACCUAAUUCAACUAAACAAACGACUGAGUUCACCUCACUGAUAAACAAUGAACAGCCCAACCAACACAAGAGAGAGGAGCAGGCAAAGAGAGGGAAACGGCAGCCUUUGAGGGAUGUUGCCAGCGAGAAGAUAAACAAAGAAACUACCCCACUUCUUUACCACCUCACCGGAGCCGGCAGGGCAGCGUCACAGCCUAAAAAGGAUGCUGAUUUCAGUAUAAACAGCAAGGAUGCAAUUCCAAACAAAACGGGUCAUGGAGACGUGGCUACUAGCGAUACGCAGAAACCUCCAAAAAGUGACACGAGCAAGAACGAUAGAGGGGAAGUUAUUUCUGUUGACUGUAACACCCUGGACGACUCAUUUAAAAAGUACUACAAAGAAAAGCUGAAGGAUGCCCAGUCAAAAGUCCUAAGGGAGACGUCAUUUAAAAGGAAAGACCUGCAGCUGUCAUGGCCGCACCGUAUCAGGCAAAAACCGGAGCUGAGACCUACAGUGAUUCAUACCUUCACCCCAUCACAGGACUCUGAGACUUCCACAGAUACACUCACUCCCUCUGUGACCUCUGAGGAAACAGAGAGGGGGAGCAUAAAAGAAGACGUCAGGGGGAGUCAGGAGGAGAUAGACAAAGAGACGAAAAAGGAAAACGGGAGACCAGCGAAUGUGGCCAUGCCCCAGGUAGCACGUAUUGGAGGCAGGAAGCGAUUGACUCCAGAGCAAAAGAAGAUGUGCUACUCUGAACCAGAGAAACUCAACCAGCUUGGUAGAGCACCCAUCCACUCUGCAUGCCGCUCAUUUGGCAACGAAAAUGACAGCCCGUUUGCAGUUGAAUGCCAGGGAGAGGAACGUGUGCAGCAAGGAGAGCAGGGACUGGUUGCAGCACGGCGGAAGAUGUUUGAGACAAGAGGUAGAGCACUUUCAGCCUCUGGUGCGUCAAAGACAAGCUUAAAACAUCUGCAACAGAAGGCCCUGGUGGAGUACAUGGAGCGUAAGACGGGCCAAAAAGUAGCUGAACCACAGCAACCAACGCCUCAGAUACCAUCUCCAUCCAGACAGAGGCAUUCUCUGGGGGAGAAACCCUUUGACUGGGGUCCCAGGCCACUAUCAGGAAAUGAUGAAGGCAGAAACACCAAGAAGAAACUCCACAGACCCCACUCUGCAGGCCGCAUCCUUGACUCAUCCGCCAGCUCAAUCAGGUACGCCCAGUUCUUCUCAGCUCAGUCUUGUUCGGGCCAAUAUGCCAGCCAAUCAAAUCAACCCAAAUGGAGGGAGAGUCAAGCUCCAUUUCACGGAAAGUCUGCCUCAGUGGAGAGUCUCUUGGACCAACCAGAACCACCUAGUUUCCUCAGGAACAGAUCCACAUCCACACCACAUGCAUUUCAGGCACUCGACUACGAGGAGGAUCCAUUACCAGUUACUAUGGAAACCUGGAGUGCCCAGUCGGAUGCCACAGAGGACUCCUUAAUAAAGCCGCCCCCUGAGGGCCAUCAGCGAGUCCGUGUGGUCGCACAGAGGGGGAAGUCCAUGGAAGAGCUCGGGGCAUCAAAGUUAAAAAGACCAUCAGCCCUGAGUAAAAGUUCUGAGCAGCUAGAUCAACUGUGGAGGGAUUCGACUGGACCAGGAGGACCAGACAGAGACAAGAUGGGUGUUUCAUUCUUUGCCGAAGUCAGAGAAGCCCAGGGGCAGGACGGUGGGAGGAAGAAACAAAAUCUAACAGAGCAAGCUGGAAAAGAGCCAGAGAUUGUUGGUCAGAAGAACACUCAGGGACAGACACAAAACCAAACGCAGAAAAAGUCUUUGUUGAAGCAGAACUCCGAACCUGUGGAGGAUGCCGCAGUAGGAACAAGGAACUCAAGUCGAUCCACCUCGCCGGCAGCCUCCUGUUCCUCUGCCCGGGCCAGGGUUCACUCUGGUUCGCAAGGACCGGUCACAGAUGAGAUCAGGUCCAGUAGACUGCCCAGUGAGACUUCAUCUGACCUACCUUCCCCCAGAUGUCCAGACACCAGUGAGAGGGGGAUCAAGUCCCCCUUGUCCACCCCCACCCAGACAAAGCUUCCUUGUGAAAACAGGCCAAGCACCAGUAGAGUCAGGACUUCUCCAUCUAUGACUGGAUCAGAGAGAGAGCAGUCGGUGGAUGAACCAAGCACUGACGCCCCACAGCCUGAUUCCAACCAUGAAGUGUCUCUGAGCUGCGGCGUCACCACAGAUCCAUCGCUGUGGAUUCUUCCUCCAGAGGAAGAGAUCAAAGAAGAACACCAGACUUCGCCGCUAACAGACGUUUUUGACGAGGAGUCCACCGGCUCGGCCCCUCCAACGCAGACAAGUGAAAGCUCUGUGUCUCCCCGCACCUCCGUCUCUGACACAGACAUCAGUCAGCAGGCGGAAGAGGAGGACAAUCCAGAAAUGGAAGAUGAGAAGUCAGGAGAACGGCAGGAGAUGGAAGAGAGGGGAACACCAGAGGGAGAGACGGAGAGCGCGGCGAGACCUAAAUGGAAGGACCUGGUAGAAGCGUUGGUCAAGGCCGACCGAUCACUGGCCAGAGUGCUCUACCCGCUGGCCAAUCGUAAGACAGCCCUGAUGCUGAUGGAGCAGCUGCUGUCUGAAGACACGCUGCUGAUGGAGGAGCACUACAAGAAGAAACAGGAGCAGAAAGGGGCUGCAGAAAGUGCUGAAACGGUCGAAGGAGCUGAACCUCCUUGUCCUUCUGUUCCUGACAGCCUGAAACCUCAAUGUACAGAUCUGCAGAGCAAAGCUGACAUCACUGAGAAAAAGCGUCUGUUAGCGUCCUAUAUCGAGGAGCGUCUGCGUUCGCUGGAAGAGACGCGUUGCGCCCUGCAGGCAGAGGUUCAGCAGAACGUGGCCCACGGAGAGGCCCUACAGGUGCUGGUCCGUGAGCGCUGUUUGGCCGUGGAGCUGGAGAGGUACAACCUGUUCAUAGGAGACCUGGAGAGGGUGGUGAACCUGCUGCUGUGCCUCUCUGCUCGGCUGGCCAGGGUGCAGAAUGCCCUGAGCACCGUGGACCAACACACAGAUGCCGAGGAGAAGCAAUCUCUGGACAGUCGCCACCGUCUGCUGUGCAAACAGAGGGAGGACGCCAAAGAUCUGAAGGACAACCUGGACCGGAGAGAGAACCUGGUCUCCACCUUUCUGUCACGUCAGCUGUCCGCCGAGCAGCUGCAAGACUACCGGCGCUUCAUCCAGACCAAGGCCUCGCUGCUCAUCCGACAGAAGGACCUGGAGGAGAAGCAGAGGCUGGGAGAGGAGCAGCUGGAGGGCCUUUCCAACAGCCUGCCUCUGUGAAGGAAGGAACACAAAAGCACAGAUUCCUCCUUUCUUUUCUUUUCUUUUAUUUUCUUGACUUGCCUUAGAGGAGGACGGGCUUAUUUAAAAA